UUCAAAUACAGAAUUGUACUGGUGACUUAUUAAGACGUUCCUUGUCCAUUUUCUCUGAAGUGCUGGCUUACUUCAGGAGGACAGAAUGAAUGAGUGCUCUGAACUGGCUUCUGACCAUCAUAGUAGACCUGAAGAUCAGAGUGAGCCAAGGCCGAACACGGCCACCCUUCAAGAAGACAUUGAGAUGACCAGCGGAUCCAGCGGAAGUGAAGCUAAUGAGAAUGACUUCAGUGGGCGGGAGUCGCCUGGCAACGACUAUGACGAAAAUGGAAAAGAUUCUGCCAUGUUGGUGGAGAGCUCGGAGAGCCACAAGAGUUCCAAUGCUUUUAGCCUGAUGAUUGUAAACUCAGACCACAAUCCAUCCACCAGUGGAUGCAGCAGUGAGCAAUCAGCCAAAGCCAAGACUCAGAAAGAACUGAUCAGAACAUUGAAGGAACUGAAAGGCCACCUGCCUCCGGACAGAAAGACCAAAGGCAAGCCCAGCAUGUUGGCGACCUUGAAGUACGCCCUUCGGAGCAUUAAACAGAUCAAAGCUAACGAAGAGUAUUAUCAGAUCUUACUGACCAGUGACAACCAUCCAGCCGAUCUGGACGUGCCUUCUUACACAGUCAAGGAAAUCGAGACUCUGGCUUCAGAAUACAUCAUGAAGAAUGUGGAUAUGUUUGCUAUGGCUGUUUCCUUGGUUACUGGAAAGAUCGUGUACAUCUCCGAUCAGGCCACAUCAAUUCUUCCCUGUAAAAAAGACACGUUUCACGAUGCCAAGUUUGUGGAGUUCCUGGCGCCCCACGAUGUGAGCGUGUUCCACAGCUCCACAGCUCCGUCCCGACUCCCAGCCUGGCGUGUUUGCCGCAGAGCUGAUUCUUCCACUCAGGAUUACAUGGAAGAGAAAUCUUUCUUCUGUCGUAUCAGUGGUGGCAAAGAUCACGAAAACGUAAUCCGCUAUCAUCCAUUCCGUAUGACUCCUUACCUUGUCAGAAUACAAGAGAAACACAAUGCAGAAGCUCAACUUUGCUGCGUUUUGCUUGCAGAGAAGGUGCACUCUGGUUAUGAAGCGCCCAGGAUUCCGCCAGAUAAGAGAAUAUUUACAACAACGCACACCCCAAAUUGUUUGUUUCAAGAUGUAGAUGAAAGAGCGGUUCCUCUCUUGGGCUACCUACCUCAGGACCUGAUUGGCACUCCCCUUCUGCUGCAUCUUCACCCACGUGACAGACCUCUCAUGCUGUCUAUUCACAAAAAAAUCCUACAGUAUGGUGGACAGCCUUUUGACUACUCACCAAUCAGAUUCUGUACUCGAAAUGGAGAGUACAUAACAAUGGACACCAGCUGGUCCAGUUUCAUCAAUCCUUGGAACAGAAAAGUUUCCUUUAUAAUUGGAAGACAUAAAGUGAGGACGGGGCCUUUGAAUGAAGAUGUCUUUGCUGCUCAUUCCUGCACAGAAGAGAAAACUCCUCAUCCCAGUAUUCAGGAGAUCACAGAGCAGAUAUACAGGUUGUUACUGCAGCCCGUCCACAACAGUGGUUCCAGCGGCUAUGGCAGCCUGGGCAGUAAUGGCUCCCAUGAGCAUCUCAUGAGUCAGACAUCUUCCAGUGACAGCAACGGCCACCUCCAUGAGGACUUGCGGAAGAGGAGGCCUAAUAUCCGAAAAGGGAUUUGUAAAGAUGCCCAGAAGGUCACAGGCAGAAGCAGCAUUCUGUUCGAGAGUGAAGAAAUGAGGAAGCCGGCAUCAGAAAGUCGGACUAAUUCUAUCACUCAAACCAAAGCUGUGUUGGCUCCUGAGAAGGCCAGUGGAGGCCCCAGCUUGCCAAAGAAUGUGACGACCGAGGAGCUGGCCUGUAGGAACCAGUCUGCAUACUCCUACCAACAGAUAAGCUGCUUGGACAGUGUCAUUAGGUACUUGGAGAGCUGCAGUGUGGCUGGGCCACUGAAGAGGAAGUGUGAGUCCCUGCCCAGUGUGGCGGCUUCGCCCCUGGAGGAUGAGCAGAAGCCCCCGGCAGAGCCAGGACCACCGCCGGCAGCAGAGGAGACAUCGAUGGUGAAAGUUCCCUUGAAUCCUGCUGUCACCGUCCUGAAGCCAUCCAGAGCAAACGGCCAUCCAGUUGUUGGUGCUCACUUGACCUCCUUGGCUCUCCCUGGCAAGGCUGAGAGUGUGGUUUCCUUCACCAGUCAGUGCAGCUAUAGCAGCACCCUGGUCCACGUUGGCGACAAGAAGCUGCAGCCUGAGUCAGAGAUGAUAGAAGACCCCACGAGUGGCCUGGAGUCCCUGGACAGUGCAGCUGCCCCAUCCUCUCACUGCGACUCCAGCCCAGAGAAGGGGCCCCCCAAGAAGGUGGGUCUUACCAAAGAGGUGCUCGCGGUCCACACGCAGAAGGAAGAGCAGAGCUUCCUGCACAGAUUUAAAGAAACAAGAAGACUCAGCACAUUUCAGUCUCGCUGCCACUCUUAUCUACAGGAGAGAUCCAAGGGACGCCCCGGGGAGCGCGUUGUUCGAGGACUAAGAAAUAGUAUUUCUGGAAUGGAUUCAUCUUGGAAAAAAAAUGGAAAGAACCGAAAGCAGAAGUCCAAGCGAAUUAAGCCGCAUGAGUCAUCGGAUAGCACGGCUUCGGGCACAAACAUCCCUCCUCGGUCUCCACUGGUCGGCCUGAAUUCUACGGCGUGGUCACCGUCAGAUACUUCCCAGGCCAGCUGUGCACCAGCCUCAUUUCCUGGGGUGGUACCCACAUACUCUUUGCCUGUUUUUCCAUCACCAGGAAUUGUCCCAACCUCCGGAGAUGUAUCAUCAGCUUCUCGGGCCUCCCAGGCUCAUGGGAAUGAUUCGGGGACCUCCCAGCAUUACAUUUCCCUGCAGCCGCCAGCAUUCACCACCCCCCUGACUCCAGUCAUGGCCGUCGUGUUACCCAAUUACACAUUCCCUCCAGUGAACCCUGCUGGGCACCCGCCAUUCUACCCUGGCCAAAGCAGCUGUCCCCAGCAUCCCGCGUGCUCUUCCCAGAUGGUGUUUGCAGCCCAACCCGACUUCCCUGUUCAGGCUUCCUUCUCAUCUCAGACAUUCUGCCCAGCCCAGUCCUUUAAUUACCAGCAGGGUGAAAGGGAAAGGCCUCCUGCCCCCGGAGGCCCCGAGGGGCCAUCGAGAUCCACAACACCCCAGUCAACGGGAAGGCAGGACCAGGCAUCACCACCACUGUUCCAGUCACGAUGUAGUUCCCCCUUACAGCUUAAUCUGCUUCAACUAGAGGAAACCCCCAAGGCCGUGGAAAGCACAAUGGCGGCUGUUUCUGCAUCGCUGGCAGGACGCGGCCUGCCGAGCAAGGGAUCAAAUAAUAAAGCAGUGGAGCUUGACGAUGGCAAAAGGCCGGCUCCUCAUGGGAUUGACUCGCCAAUGGAUGCCCACAACAGUGAUGCCCUUUCCAUGUCCAGUGACUUCCUUGAGAUUUUGCUGGCAGAGGAUGGAGGCUCCGCCACUGGGUCGGCCUCCUCUGGGAGCGGCGUAUCGGCUGCCUCCGAGUCUCUGGGGUCUGGAUCUCUUGGCUGUGGCACGUCCAGAACUGGCACCGGCAGCAGCGAGACAAGCCACACGAGCAAAUACUUUGGAAGCGUCGACUCCUCAGAGAACAGUCAUCGGGUCAAAGUCAAUGCUGGCCUCCCUGGCAGUGAGCACUUCCUCAAGUGCGUCCUGCAGGACCCCGUCUGGCUGCUGAUGGCAAACACCGACACUGACGUCAUGAUGACCUAUCAGCUGCCUUCCCGAAAUCCUGAAGCUGUUUUGAAGGAGGAUCGGGAGAAGCUGAAGCUGAUGCAGAAAUUCCAGCCCAGGUUUACAGACGAGCAGAAGCGAGAGCUGCACGCAGUCCAUGCGUGGAUGCCCAGGGGGGGCCUGCCCAGAGCACUCGACCUGGGGAUGUGCCCUGACUGUGAGGACAGCCAGAGAGAGCGUGUCGAUGAGCCGUAUGACGAGGAUCUUCCAGCGAUGGAACUCAGCGAAAUGAUGGAAAUCCAGGGUGAGAAGGGUGUCGAGCCUGCACCCCGAGGGACCAAAGAGGAGACCUAGCCCAACGUCAGCACCCCCGGGCACCUGCUGGCCAGCGGGCUACGGUUGAAGGUGCUUGAGAGACUGUUAAGACAGCUUGAAACUUGGUUCGAGUGAAAUAACCUAUUCAUGUCAACUUUUUUGUUUUAGAAAAAAGGACAUUUGUCUGAAGGAAUCAAGGUAAAAACUGGUGAGAUUAACCGUGCUGUCUGCAGUCUAAGGGAAGGGAGGGCCUUCAGGUUUUCCAUCUUUAAUCCAGCAGAUGUACAGUAGCUGCAGAGUGAGUGGCACUGCUCCCACGGGCUCAUCUCACACAGCCGUCUUUUCCCAGUUGAAUGUGUAACCCCUGUAUCCGGGGUGAGUUUCUGGGGACUGCCCUCUUUCCCUGUUUGUGAUGAUGAUUUGACAUCCCUCAGAGGACAUGUUGAAGACCCAGUGGGAGGUCAUUCAAAGCUUGCUAUGUAAAAAUUAUUAAGUUGUUAAUAUUCAAGAAGAUUGUUACGGGCUGUCAAAACGU